GGACCCAGCGGUGCGCUCCGGCUGGAGGUAGGAGCUACUUGUCCCGUUUGGAGCCUUUAGCCCAGCCAGAAGACAUCAAGGCAUCUGGAAGGGAAGGAACCGGCCCACGGAUCCCAACCUGGCCUUCCCAAAGCUCCUCCGACUACCUCCUGCGCUGCUCCGCUCCUCCCCACGGCCCCCCGCGACCAUGAGAGCCGUCUGUCUCGUCCUGCUGUGUCUGCCAGCAGCGCUCCUGGCCCAGGGACAGUACGAUCUCGAAGGAGCCCAGUAUACCGACCAGCUGCAGUAUUCCCAGUACGACCCUCAGCUCGACACCCAAGAUUACUACGACUAUCAAGAUGCCACCCAGCGCACCCCGGAGGAGCAGUUCCAGUACCAGUCCCAGCAACAGACCCAGCAGGAGACCAUCCCCGCACCGACCCCAGAGCUUCCCGAGACCGAACCCACAGAACCUGGGCCGCUGGAUUGCCGGGAGGAGCAGUAUCCCUGCACCAGGCUCUACUCGGUCCACAAGCCCUGCAAGCAGUGCCUGAACGAGAUCUGCUUCUACAGCCUGCGGCGGGUGUAUGUAAUUAACAAGGAGAUCUGCAUCCGCACGGUCUGCGCCCAGGAAGAGAUCCUCCGAGCUGACAUGUGCCGGGACAAGUUCUCCAAAUGCGGCCCCUGCCCCGGCAGCUGCACAGGCCCCGAUUCUGCUGUCUCCAGGCCAGGCCAGGCCCACCCGACCGGGAGGAACGCUCCCGCCUCGGAGCGACUUUCCAGCGGCCCCAGUAGAAUCACAUUGUCCCUGUGCUCGUGAAAUCAAUGGUGCUACGGAAACAUGGUGCAUGAAACAGCAUAAAAGUCCAUUUUGUGCACAUAAUAUGGGGGGGCUAUGAUUUUUAUUACUUUUUAUUAUAUUGGAAGGGUCACCGGCCGGGCUGGACUGAGCCAGUGUCGUCUGAUUGGACUCAGCUAGCGCAGUCCAGCCCAGCUGGGCUGCUGGCUCGUGUUAGGUGUAGAGGAUCCAAGAGAACCAAGCGUAAGGGGUUGUCUGAAUUUCUGAUCUCUCGCCUCCUCUUUUGCUGCUUUCUUAGCCGCUUGCCCCGUCUCCCCUUCCUCCUCCGGCUUGCCAGGGGACGUGAAGGCUGUUGCUUUAUGCCUUAGCGAGCGCCAGGGAGCAGUUCGAAGCCUGUCCCGGCCCCAUGAGCCGCUGGGGCACGGGGGUGUCGGGUUGGGCCCCAAAGCUGUGCGGGGUUCGUUCACACCGGGGACGGUCGGUAUGCUGGGGGGGGCAGGGCCCUGCCCCCGCUCUGCUUCACGCCCCGGUUUCUGGUGAGCAAACGCCGGUGCGCUGGACGGCAGUGUGGCCUGCGCCCCUGCUAGCGCCACUGGCUGCCUGGACAGCGCAGUGAGGGGACGGAUGCUGCUCCUGCCCCCUCUCUCCCAGGCAGCUGCACACGUGCACGUCUUCCCCGGGCGCUUGCUCCUUUAUCGCUCUGCUUCCUUGAGCAGGUGGUACCCCGUCCCUGCCCCUGGGCGCCCCCUGCAGGGCUUGGGAUGUCACUGUGCUAGCGCCCCUCGGCCACGCCAGCACCAAGCAGCCAGGACACCGGUCGCUCUCGCAGCCUCAUCCCCGAUCCCGCCUUCCUGUCGAGCCAGGGACUUAGGGCUGCCGCGCUCAGCGUUUCAAUGCAUCAGGGAUUUAGGAACUGCCAUCCCAUCGGCAAGCAUGGAGAUUUAGGCGCCUCCGUGGCAAUGCGGAGUGCAGCAAGCCCUAAAUACCGCUAAAGCAAGCUGGUCGAGCGUGUGCUGGAUGCCGAUGGGGACCUGAUGGUGUGGGGUGAACCGGCUUAGGGUUGCUCCGGGCGCAGCGGGGCCCUGCAGCGCUGCGCUGCGCUGCGCUGCGCUGGGGUGCUUGCUCUCACUGAAGCUCUGUCUGGAUCAUGCCUUUCUUUUGUAUAAAACAAGCGUUUAAAAAAAUAAACAACCCCCAAAAGGUC